AUGGAGGGGACUCCGCGAGCCACGAGGGCCGGCAGUAAUGGGUCCUCGUCAUCAUCUAUGUUGUUGGUUCCACCUUCCUCGCCAUCGACCGCGGCAGCUCAAUCAACCGUUUCCUCAUUCAUUACGCUGCGAUUCGCCGUGGGUGGCCGGUACGCCGUGCUCACCCUCCACGGCCCCGGGGGCAGCAGCGAGCCGGGAGCGGAGGCCGGCAGCAGCGCCGGCGGCGGCGGCGAGGACGGCACGCUGCUGGACCGGUGGGCCGAGGACGACUGCGGCCGGCGGCUGGCCGAGGGCGACGUGCGGCGGCUCCUGGCGCACGAGGACGUGCCGCCCUAUCCUCGAGCUGCCUCUCCUCUCCGCCCUCCACUCCCUGCACCGCGAAGAGGGUCUCGCGGGUGGUGGCAGGCGGCGUUGUGCCCGAGCCACUGGGUGGAGCCGGUGUUCGACCAGAAGCGGGCCAGGGACGGAGCGGACGACUGGACGGCGGCCCUCAAGCAGCGCAAUGCCGCCUACCAGGACUCUGUGGAGCUCACGGAGAAGGAGAAGACCAAGCUGAUCUUGGCGGAGGCCUACGGGUCGGUGGUCAACACGCAGAAGGGCUGCGCGGCGAUUGCGCGGAUGAACGAGAUCCACGCCGCCAUGCUCGAGGAGGUCAUCAACAAGAGCGAGGCCGCCAUCAGCGAGCUGCAUCAGAAACAAAGCGAGGAGAUGAACAAAGCAGCCGGGGAUGGCGGAGAAAUAUCAUCGCUGGUGGCCCGACACGUGAAGCAGAUGGAGCUCACCGAGCGGAAGUGGGGCGCCAAGCUCGAGGACAUGCGGAAACAGCAGAAGCGGGCCUACGGCCGCUGCAUCGUGCGAUGGGCCACCGAGGGGCUCCCCAACAAGGUCAACGCCGACGUCCUUCACGAAUUCAAGGCCGCCAAAAAGCAAGGGGGCGGAUCGCUGACGGCGUCUCCGCUGGCGCGUAAGAAGUCGGACCUGCAGCACCCGGAACAGCGCGGAUCGCCGGGCGGCAGGGAGCAGGAGGGCAAGAAGCGGUGGUGGAACAAAAAGAAGGGUGGUGAGGCCAACGAGGGGCCUGAUUCGCCGCAACUAAGAUCGUCAGGAAGCGUCGGCCAGCAGCCGCAGCAACAGCAGCCUCAGCCCCAGUACCAGGUGCCAGCGCUGGCGAGCGCGCCAUCGGGCAGCACCAAGUGGGAGCACUUCACGGUGCUUCUGGGACGCAGCAAGGCCCUCCACCACUUUGGCCUCGGUGCGGGGGACAUCACACAAUUUUGUCGGCUCCGAGCCUCCUCCGAAGUGCGGGCGCAGACAAUUCGAGAUCUGUACUCGCACUCGCUCAACGCGAUCGUGCUGGUGGUCGACCGAGGUCUCACCUACACCAACAAGGUCAACAAAGUUUGUGCGGUGCUGCGGCGCUUCGCCCGAGGCACAUUUAGCGACUUUCAAAAGCAGCUGCAGCUGGUCAAGGACGAGCUGGGACGGCCCAUGCAGCCCGGCGACGUGUUCAUUACGCGGCACUCAAACCUUGAGGCAGCCCACAUCGCCUUUCAUCUGGUGGGCGACAAUGACCCCGUCAACAGUACGCGCAAGCAACCCUCUUGA